ACUAUGGUCAACCACUGCCUAAACAAUCAAAUGCCUCCAUUUCAAUGUGCAAUGAAUUAACAAAUGAAUCAGUCAUCAAUAAAUAAGCAUUUUAUUAUGUCCAUAUAUGAGUUUGUUUCUCUGUCAUCAAAUCAAUUACUGGGAUUCUUCAACACUACAGGCUCUCCAUGAACAUGCAUGUUUGAACAAGGAGGCCCUAGCUAGACCGUGAACAAUGUCGUUUUUUCUGUAAAAACUGCAAACAGAGCUAUAUCAAAACUGUUUUUGACUUUUGACUUUUGAUCAAAUGUUAUCUUUUUGAACUUAUUGACAUCACGUGUAGGGUAGGCUAUUUCACAGACCGUUAGCUGUCAUAAAACUGAAAAAAGCGCUAAAAACCGCCCUGUACUGUGACAGAUUUUUACCCUGACAUUUGACUGCAGAUAUGCAACUACUCUAUGGAAGAGUGUUUUUCGUUCUAAAGUUGUUGCCCGGAAAUUGAAAUCACUCAGGCCGACCUCCCCUUGAAGACUAGCUGACUCCUGCAUUACUUAUAUCAAACCUCCUCCAUGUGCUACUACCUCUUUCCAUCAUCCACCUAUCCAAAACCUUAAAAUUUCAACGCUGCAUUCUUCUGUUUGGGUGCGAAGUUCAAUCUAGGCCGGGUUGCGUUAUUUUUGCCUCCACCUAUGAUGUUUACCUAUGGCGUUAACUUGACACUGAAUCGAGUAAAUACGGGUAUAUCAAUACAACAGAGACCCGAAGUUCACAUAUACUGAAUAGUUUUACAAAACAAAGCUUGUAACCUGUGCAAAAUACAGGGAUUACAUUGUUUGUCCAUCGUUCGUCUCUAAUUGCUGUUUAUGGAAAGAUGAUUUUUGAAGCGCAAUGUUGUUAUGUAGAGAGUUUUGACUGCAUCUUCCCUCUCGGUAUCGCUCGCUCUGUACCGCCUGCAUUUCAAUAACAAAACGAAAAUAAAACUUGGCCAGUAGCUAUCUAUAUCGGCCUCACGCUUGGUCAACAACGCGUGUACCUUAAAUCAGCUUUAUCAUUUCCGCUUUCGAUUUCGAUAGAGUUAUAGAUUUGCUGCAAGGGAAGCCAUUAUUUCAGUCUGAAUUAUCUCCACCAAGUGCAACAAGCCUAUGAUCAAGUAAGGUAAGACCUAAGGUAAGAAAUCCUACUUUAAACUACAUAUCGAAAUGUCGCGAAAUAGGUAGUGUGUCCGUCUGAGCAGUUAAAGCACCCGCGUUACUGCUUCGCGGAAACGUUUGAUUUAUUCUUUGGAGCCAGGGCGUACUGUGACAUAGCACAGACGAAUAAAUGUUUUUCACCUGAAUUCGUCGAUUUUUGUGAAGAAAAAAAAAACAGAAUCAUUUAGUAAACAGUGAUUUUAAGGUUUACUACAAUUUCUAAAAGUUCUACCCUCAAAACCAAAAGAUUUAACAUUCGAUGGGAAAUGGAAGGCAAGGCUGAAAUAUUAAAUUUGCAUUUGUUAAUCGAUUAAGAUUUCACUUUUCUUCGGUCUCGGUAAACAGCUAUUGUGUUAUCAUGAAUUUCAUUUUUCUGUUUUGGCCAUACUUUGUGAAGUAUGUCGCACACACAGUGCUGUUCAUGAUCCGGUGUAAUAACUACGCUCUGGAAGCAAAAUUCAUUAGAGAGAGUCACGCUUAAUAAUCACGAAAUUAUUCAGAGUUUUCAAGAGUUUAGCAUAUUUUGAUACCUUAGGGUGAGGAGUAGUAAAUUUCCUCUGUUCUUUUCCCAAGGUUAUUUUCUUUGUUUUAACCAAGGAUAAACCUGGAUUUAAUCUCAAUACUGGUUAACUAGUACAACAUUGAGAUUAAAAGUUGAGUUUAAAUACUAAAUUAUUUGCACAAAUGUCUAUUAACCCUUGUAUUUGUAUUUAAUAUUUAUUUGCCAUACGAUUACAAUCACAAAAAGAUGCCAAAAAAAAUGUAGGAAGAAAUAGCGAGGAGGCCUAAAGGAAACUAUAAAGCUUAUGUUAAUUAGGCCUCCUCAAUUAAAAUUUUCAAAGGUGGCAUAAAAAUUACGGCGACGGAUACAAAAUAUUAUCAGGUGGAAAAUUAUAACAAUCAAUAUUACGGAAGUUUACAAAUGUUGAAUAUUUAAGUCCCAAAAAUGACUCGAAAUGACAAACAUCAAUUUUCUCUUUACAUUAUCAAAACACAAUCAAGAGAAAAGGUUGUGAGAAUUUAUGAAAUAAUCACCUAAGGGAAAAUGCUUUGAUCUUUUAUCAAAUUCUCUCAACUUAUUCUUUAUGGAAUCGUAUAGAGGUCAGUUUAGAGAAUUUGUAUUUGGAUAUUGGGGCUUAAAGGGUUAAAAAAACUGAAACUUUUUCUCCUGCUGCGUAGCUUUGUAGUCAGAGUUACAAAGAGUGUACAUGCUAAGGGGGAUUGUUUGAAUUUUUUACAUGAAGAAACGGUGUGAAAUUUAUAUUUGGACACGAAUUUUUAAACAUUGGUUAUAUGCAAGACGUAAAGUAUGUAUUUAUAGUGCAGAAAGAGAGGAGUUUCAUAUUCAACUGAACUCUACAUGUUAACUGCCCCUCUUAGAUUUUCAGCCUUGGUUAGAAGACAAGGUAAUGGCGACCGGAGGUUGGGUGGCAGAUCUUGACAAGAAAGAACACAAAAACUGGGUUUUGGUUGGAUGCGCUCUGAACAUUGCCAAAAAUGGAAUUUCACCAAAAAUCCAAAAGGAAAUGGAAGCCUGGUACCGAAACCUCAUUUCAAGCCCUCCGCUCCAAUCUCUUUCACCAUGCACUUGUUCAUCUCGUGCUGCCAAAUGUGCUUCUUGUACUACAUGGGAAGCGGAAUUGUCACGUCAUCACAUGGCACCACGACCAAAGAUAUGCUGGAACAACAGUGACAAAAAUCAAUGGGGAUCUCCGGCUGGGGCGUGGGAAAUAGCUAAACUCUUCAUGCCAACUCUUGGAACCAGGAAAAUGGACGUUGUCGACGCUGAAACAACGGACAUUGGUGGUCUCCUAAACUUAAUGGAAUGGUGUCCUUUUCUCACUCCCCCAGUAAAUAAAACAGUUCUAUGUGCAGCGAGAGAUGAGUGUAGGAAUCAUUGGGCGCAUUCUCCAAAGCAAGAGAUUCAAGAUGUCGAUGUGCCAACCAUAUUUUCGCAUCUGAAUAAUUUGUUGAGUGACCCAGUGUUUAAUGCGGACAAAGAUGCCCAAAAGGCUUCCCAACACUUGCAAGACUUAUUCCAUCAAGGUCUGGUCAAUGUCAGGAAUUCUGAAAUGGAGGCCCUUCAUUUGUUACGUCAGUCGCUUGCAUCAGAUCUGACAAAAUGCCAAGGUGAUUUAACUGAUGUUCAGACGAAAGUUGCUCAAGUAGAUGCAGACACUAAGAAAUUGUACAUGGCAGCUCAGAAAGAUUUGUCUGACGUAGAAAAAAUAGCUGGUGUGAACAAAGACGACAUUGGUGCGUUAAAAGCACAAGCGGAGAAACUUGAAGUCGAUAUUCAGAGCGACUUAUCUGAAGUAAAAGAACAAGGUGACCUGAACAGGGAAGACAUGCGCGAGUUGAGGGAGGAGCUGGAAACUCAGUUAAGAGAUGUAGAGGCCUACCUCUCCACUGAGAGUGCGAGUGUAAAAAGUGCAGUGCAAAAGGUUACCAUCAAGAUGAAUACAACCGAAACCAAGAUUUCUGGCUUACAGAAGGAUUUCAUGGAUGUAAAGGAAGUGGUGGAUAGCUUCAAAGAUAAUGGUUUUCAAGCAGAGACGGGCAGUGACGAGGACAUAUUUUGCACCGCACCAAGUAGGUUACCUUCAUUUACUGGGCGCACAACAGCUCUGAGUUGGCUUGAAAAGAAUCUUGUUCUGGAGAGUAGUGUUCAAAGUGGUGCAGAAACUUCCUGUUGUACAAAAACGAUAUGCGGGCUUGGCGGCUGUGGCAAGACGUCGCUGGCCGUAGAAUUCGCGUGGAUUAACAAAAGUCGAUUCCCAGGGGGCGUUUUCUGGAUCAACGGUGAAAGCGAUGAAAAUAUAAAUAAAUCAGUUGCUGAGGUUCUUGCUCUUAAGAAUAUUUUCACUCCAAAGAGCGCCAGUAUCGAUGAAACACUGACCCACUUCCUUACCUGGUUGUCGAAUAAGGAGCUCCCAUGGCUUCUUGUUGUAGACAAUGUAGAUGAGUUACAAGACCCAACGUGCCCAACAGGUGUUAAAAAGAUAUGCAAAGGACCUUGGCAAAGAAAUAGUAAAUCACCUAAGCGAGGCCACAUACUACUCACAACCAGACAAAAUGCCAGAGAUGCAAGAACUUUCUUGAAGAACUCGUGUGAAGAUUAUUUAGAACUGCAGUGUUUCAGUGAGGAGGAAGGCGUAUUGUUUCUGAUGAAAAGAAAGGGUCUUGAAGGAAAAUCCCUUGAACCAGACGCGGUUGCCCUGACAAAAGAGCUUGGAGCAUUACCACUAGCCCUCGAGCAGGCGGCAGCAUACAUAACUGCCAGUCCCAUUCCGUUGAGUUUUGCAGAUUACUUAAAAAAGUACCGAGAGGUCAAGUUGCGUCUGUUAAAGCAACAGCCUGCUACAGCGCUCAGUAUGGAGGCUCAGCAUCGGUUAUCAGUUCAUACCACUUGGGAGAUGAACUUUGCAUAUGUCAAAGAACAAUCACCAGCUGCUGCCAGCAUGAUGCGCAUUGCGGCCUUCCUGGAAUCAGAGAAUGUACCUUUUGCGGUCAUCAAUCCAGGUUUGCCUGAAUUAGAUCAGGACGCAUUGAAAGAAAAAGCUUGUUGCAAUAUUGAAAUUGCAAUGCUCCUGAGGGUACUGUCAAGUUACUCCCUCUUCUCAGUCAGCAGCCAAAACAGGGUAUUUCAUGUCCAUAAACUUAUCCAGGAAGUGGUCAGAGACAGUCUUACUGUAACGCAGAAGCUAGAGACAUUGGUGGCGGCCUCCCGACUUCUUAAUUUUGCGCUACAAAAUUGUUCUAAAUCUUCAAAGUCUAGAUCCGCCGCGGGUUAUCUAUCAGAACUGAAAGAUGAAGAGAGAAGAAUUGCCAUUGCCCUUCUUCUUAACUUUCGCAAACUUAAGAAUCAUAUAGAAGAUGAAAUUGAUUCACAAGAAGAGAAAUUUGCUCCUUUUCUUUGCAACGAUGAUAGUAUCAUCGAUUUGUUCACGUUUGUCGGCAUUUUAAUUGAAAGUGAUGUAUUCUUCUUUACACUACGAAAGGAAUUAUGGGAUGUCAGUUUGAAAGUUCGCAAAGUGAGAGGUUCUCCGGAUCCAAAUAUACUUCUUACUAUGAUGACCUGCGCAGCUAUCAGUAAAAGGAAUGUUCCUGGGCGUGAGAACUACGAUGAAGCAAAAACAUUGGCUCAAGAAACCGUGCACAAGAUGGCUGAGUUUGAAAAGUCUGGUUUUGUGAUUAUGGAUCGUGUUAAGUACCAUGUCCUUGAGCACAUUGCAUCCUACUACGCAUCAGAAGGGAAAUGGAAGGAAAACUAUGAAGCUUUGUUAGAGCUCGAAGGCUUAUCGUUGAGUGACGAGAAUGUUGUAAAUCUCCAGAUCAUGAUAGGAAGAGCAGAGAAUUUCAUAUCUGCUGGUAACUUCGAAUGCGUUUUGAAACGUCAUCUGAGGGCCCUUGAACUUGCCCGUAAGAUCUAUCCCUCUGACCACCAUGAACUGCUUCGUGUCUUACAGUUUGUAACUAUGCAUUUCUAUAAUGACGACAAGCUACAAGAGGCUCGAGUAUAUGCUGAAGAAAUGCUGCAAAUUGCAAAGAAACAACCCCCAGCGUCAGAUUAUUACCUCAGGGGAAUAACGAGCGCCCUUACUGUCAUAAGAUGUUUUGACCCUUACAGGGCUGAGAAUAUACUUUGCAAUAUUUUGGUAGACAGGUGGCCUGAUCUGUACAAAGAUAUCCAAAGCGGAGCUGUCGCAAGAGUUAUAAGUGACAGCAAACAUGAAGUCGAUGAAAGUAGCUAUGAACAUGCGUCUACCGUCCUGGAGAAUUUAAUGACGUGUUUCAACGCCCAUCUAAACAUAGGAAGUAAACUUAGCAAGCAAGAGGGACACUUUUACCGUAGUGUUGCAGAGAAGUUAAUAUCACUUCGAAAGAAAAUGUACGAAGAUAACCACCCGGACGUUGCAGAAGCGAACUACUUUAUGGAAAUGGUACACCUUUUCCUUGGGAAUCAGGGAGGGACUUUCAAACGCCUAGAACAACUGUGGCAGUGCUUUGCGAAACAAGCAUCCAACCAUCAUUUUUCAUCACGUGCUCGUUGCGACAGGAAAGUACUUUUAGCCAGAAACGUAAAAAACUUAGCUAAUGAUUGCUUCAAAUCCGGUUGUUAUUCCAGGGCACUAAAUCUUUACAACCGAGUACUUAAUGAAUGCCCUAAUGAUGCUAAGCUGCUAACUAAUAGGGCAGCAACGUAUGUGAAACUUUCAGAGCAACAUGGCCUUGCUGCAGAGGAAAAACGGAAAUUUCUUCAAUUAGCCUGUCAAGACGCGAAUGUGGCGUUAACUGCAGAUCCCUCUUGGGUGAAAGGCUACUACUGGAAAGCUGUUUGUCUCUCUAAACUUGGACAGAGAGGUCCAAGUCUUGCUACGGCUGCUGUUGCCAGACACUUUUUCCCAUCCCAAUGCUCUGGAAUACCAGCCGUCGUGGAGCACUUCGGACAUUACAGUAUAAAGGUGAUUGCUACAGUUGAUGAACUCCUUCAACUAGUCAGGAGAGAGGCCGGAAGGAAUCUUGUGAUUUUGGUCAAGGAAGGAAGAUAUGAGUUGACGGAGUCAAUGAAAGUUCCAGCGAACGCAGUAAUGGUUGGUGUGGGAAAAGUCCAAAUUGUGUGCACUAAAGAUGUUCUACUGCGCCUGGAUAAAACUGUUUACACUGAGAACAUAGAACUGUCAUCCUCAGUUGAUACAAUCAAAAUGCUCAAAGAAAAAGCUAAGGAAAGCCUCAAUCGUGGCCAAUUAGAUGAGGCCUUAUCUCACUACAGCAAGGCAUUAGCCAUAUGUUCAGAAGACCCACAGCUCCUUACAGCUAGAGCGUCAACCUACUUGAAAUUAGCAGAGAAAAACCGGAACAUGAAUGAUCGGGAAUCCUUAUUGGAGCUUGCGUUAAAAGAUUCAGAGUCUUCUAUUAGAGCAGAUCCUUCUUGGUUUCUUGGAUACCACACCAAGGCAACGAGUUUAGCAGAGUUAGGGAGGAAACACGAAGCCUUGGCUGCUGCUGCUGUCUUUAAUCACUUGAGUUCUGGUCGGGAUAUUUCUUCAGUCAUUGAACGUUAUGGAGCUCUACAAAUCGACGUUGUUAAAAGCUCAGAUGAAUUGCGCACUGUUCUUCAAGAAAUCACAGAGCGUGAGGAAUUAAAUCAAAUUGUUCUGUUAAAAGAGGGGGAUUACCUAUUGGAAAAGACCGUUGAGAUGAAACAAGCAAUCGUUGUUAUUGGUUUGGGGAAAGUAACUGUUUCGUGCAAGACUGGAGUACCUUUUCAGUUUAGAAAAGAACACUUUGUCGAAAAUGUGGCACUUCAUAGCGGCUGUGGUGAGGAGCCGACAUCACAUGAGGUUAUGAGUUCAAGAGAUGACUCUGGUCGGGAAGAGGACAUAUCUUUGGACCUACCCUCAGGCUAUGACAACUCCAGCGCCAACAGCGAGUGCAAGGUGAACUAA